GUUUCCGAAUGUAACAUCAGAUUUAAUUCAGACAGUCCUAUUUUUAAACAGAAAUGUUCUCCCAUAGACAUACAAAGGUCUGUUGUGUCUGUUUUUGUGUGCGUCUGUGUGUGUAUAUAUAAGUGUGGGUGGGUGGGUGCUUGUGUGAACUGUCGAAUUUACUCUGAACUUGUUUCACCAUAGGCGGAGCUAGUCACACAGCAGCAGCUCCUGUCUGUGUGUGUGUGUGUGUGCAAUUCUUCUUUACCUCAGAAGGCAGGACACACUGAAGUGAGGACAGAUGGUGUAGAAUGUCAAACGGAGACACCAUGCGCUGAUGUCUUUGUGAGUGGAAUGGGACAUGAGCACUUCCUUUGACCACCUCAUGUGUUUGCUGCACUUACUGCACUGCUGGUUCAAGAUGGACGUACCAGCACCUGCUGUGAUGUGAGGGGAUUGGACAGACAGUAACAGAUGAAUCACCAUGUCUCCAUCAUGGUCCAUCUUCAUCACUGUUACACUGCUGCUGCUCCAGCUUUGCACAGGAGAAAAAUCCUGUGUCAUCUGGUCCAGCGCUGGAGCUGUGGUACAGAGAAACUCUGACUUCAAGGUCUACUGCAGUUUUAACUGCAAGUGUGAGAGACUGAUGUACAGCGGGCAGCCACCCAUGAAGCAGAAACACAGAGAUGUAAAUUCAACAACUGUGUAUAUAAAUGUGGUGAACAUCACAGAAAAGAGAACCUUCAGCUGUAGCUGUGACUGCCAACAUUCACUGGAUCCCUGUGGACUGGACAUCUCAGUUGGCUACCCACCAGAUGAUCCUAGAAAGAUUUUGUGCAUCUACAAGGUCAUGAAUAAUGAGAGUGGAGACGUGCGGUGCACCUGGGAGAGAGGACGAGAAACUCAUCUGAUGGACAGUUCACAGCUAAGGCUGACGACGGUGUCAGGAAAUCACACUAGUAAACUGGAGAACGUCUUCAGGAGAGGAUCCAAAUCACUCUCCUGUAGUGUCACUGUACCCAGAUCUGUCCAGCAGAUCCAUGUGUGGGUACAAACCGAGAACCCACUAGGAACAGCCGUGUCUUCUGUUCAAACCUACUCACUCAGUGACAUUGCCACACCACCAGCUCCCGUUCUUGUGCAGCCCGUGUGCUCGUCCCAGAGGUGCAUCAUCGAAGUAGAGCAGCGUGUUUUAACCGAGCACCUGGAGAUACAGUACAACGACGGAAAAGAGACAUGGACAUCUUAUCAAGACCAAGAUAUGGUGACAGGCACACUACAGAAGCGAUCAGUUUCCUCUCUGGAGCCUUACACGCUGUACUAUUUCAGAGCUCGAUGCAAAUUCAGCACCGGACGGUGGAGUGAGUGGAGCACAAACGUGUCCAGCUGGACUGAAGAGGAACCUCCUACAGAAGGGUUGGACGUGUGGUAUGCUGAAUCAGCAACUGCUCCAAAAACCCCAAGAGUUUACUGGAAGCAACCUGAUAAGUCCAGUGCAAGAGGGAAGAUCAUAGAGUACAGAGUCAGGGUUUACAGUCCAGACUCUGGAACGGAGCAGGUCAUUAAUGUUCCCGGUGAUGUCAGGACGUAUUCGCCAACCACCUGUGACAAAUGUGAAGUGACAGUGUGGGCUCGCAACUCCAAAGGAUUAUCACCUCCUGCCAGUGUUAGAGCACCACAAAUCACAGAGUCCUCUCAGGAUGUGACAGUAAUAACAGGAAAACAAAAUGUCACCACCUCCUGGAGAAUGCUCGAAAUGGCAGCUCGGCACUCUUGGUUCGUGCUGGAGUGGUACCCUGAAGGUCAGAAACUGGAGGAGCUCAGAUGGACCAGACUGAACAGGGAGGCCAAUCAUGCAGUCAUCACAGGUGUUCAACCCUUUGUGUGCUAUAAGGGAGCACUGUAUGUGUUCUUCAACCAGAGCUCAGCCUCUAGGACUGAAUUUGGAGGCAUCACAGCAGCUGAGUCAAUUCCAAAGGUUGGUCCUUCGGUCCAGAUGGAGAUUACCAGACAUACGUUGAAACUGUCGUGGACAGAGCUUCCCAGAGACAUGCGAGGAGGCUGCAUCACAAAAUAUACCAUCUACUUAAAGACCAGCAGUGGACACCAGCUUAACUACUCCACACCUACAUCACCUCGAAGAUUUAAAAUCAAGGAUCUGCCUCCGUCUGAAUACAACCUUUGGAUGACUGCCUCAACUGCUGAAGGAGAAGGCCCAGUGAGUCAGGGACUUAGGUUCCUUGUUCAAGAGGAAACUUCAAUAUCCUUCAUUUCCGUGUUCUGUGGUAUCGGUUUGGUUUUGGUGCUUUUGCUUUGCCUGUACCAGAUUCCAUCAGUAAAGCAGAAAUUCUGGGUGUAUUUUCAGUGCCUCAUGCUGGAUGUCAUCCCAGAUCCCGCAAACAGCAAAUGGGCUAAAGAGUGUACCCGUGAGAAGGGUACAAUAAAGCUACAGCUACAAAUGAGCUCCAGCGUAAGCCAGGGAGAACCGGAUCCGGACCUGGUUGAUAUCGUGGAGCUUUCUGAUCAGAGCAGCAACAUCUGCAACUCCACAAAUGCCUUCUCACAAAAGCCUUCGCACAUGAGGCUCGGCCAACGCAGAGAAUCAUCUGCGCUGCUGUACCCUGUGACUACGUACAUCAAAAGUUUUUCACAUGAAUCAGACAGCUCCGACCAUACACAGACGUCUCUGGAAACAAACACCACCGUGGACUACAUCUCCACACAGGGUCUGGGAUAAACGGAGGAGGAAGAGGAGGAGGAGGAGGAGUGGAGUCACAGAGAGGAUGAAGAAAUGCUGAAUUUCUUCCCCAGUCUUAACAUGUGCAUGGAACCCAUGGGCAUAGGGGGAGGACAUUUAACUCUGGAUACGGUCAAAAUUGACUUUUGUAGUGACUUUUUUCAGAACAACUAGCUCAAACAAAAGAUAGGUUUGUUGAAGAAGACUGUUAACGUCAGAUGUAUCAGCGUCUUUUAGAUACCACACCCACUACCUCCAAAAGUUUACAUGUGACUUACACAGCUGCCUCACACAAGACCAGUGGUUCCCAAACAUUCUCUGUAGUGCCAAGUGUUGAUUUUAGACACUGUAAGUCCUACAAAACUCAUAGUCUCAUUGGACUAAACAAAUUCAUUUAUAUAUUAAUAAAUUCACAUAUCAGUGCAGUUAUUCC